AUGGAGUCGUACGUCGUGUCGCUGCUCGCUUCCUCCUUCUCGUGCCGCGUUUUGAGCCGCGCACUCAUUCUCGCCCUGCUCCGGCGGGGUUGUGUGGAGGUCAACCCGGGCCCUCCUCGACGGAGUCCGAGGGAGCAACUCGUUCAGUGGAUGAACGAGAUGCGGCGGGAGCAAGCCCGCCUCGCUCGCCAGAUGCAGGAGGCGGAGGGGCGGCUCCUGGCGCUCGACCUGGAGGCUCGCCGGUCGCGGCAACAAGCUCGGGCAGCUUUGCCUCGGACGGCCACCUUGACGAAGGACGGACCUUGGAAGUACGUGCGGGACACCCGCGGGACACAGCGGGGGCUGCUGCGCUCGGCUACGCCUCACCCCCGGCAGCAGGGCGGCGGCUGCCUGUGUCGAAGACGCCGUGGCUCGACGCCGCCCGCACCCGUCCCCCCCCCCCCAGCCCCCGGCGCCAACACGUCGUACCAACGGCCGGCAACCUCCCCCGAGCACGCUGGAGGCCCUUCACCUUCGUGUCGCUGCCCAUGCGAAGGCGGGGCAGCAAGUGGUUAG